AUGCAGCUUUUAAUAACGGUGCGUAAUCGUUCAAGUGACCAUUACGCUAAAUUGAGUCGAUUGGUAAAUCUGCAAAUUGAUGUGCCCGAAAAAGGAACCGUGAACGAUGUGGCUGAAAUUCUAUCGAAACGGGUGAAAGUACCGCCGCAAUCGUUUCGAAUUAUUCUUUGUGGAAAAGUGCUCGGAGGAGCCACCCCGCUGAAGUCACUCCUUCUCGGACCACAAACGUUGGUAUUAAAUGAUGACAGUCUGUGA